AUGAAGCGUCGCCGAAUGCCACCUUCCUUUUCUUCUACGACCGUGAAGGGGCGGAACCACCCUCGAGUCUUCUGCGCGUCUGCGUCUGCCAAGAUGCCAGCAUUGAUCAGCCGAGUCGCGUCUGUUUCGCAAAAAACGUGCCUGUCGGCUCCGCGCCCUGCGUGUGCGGCUCACCCCCGAUGGUGUGCCAGACGUCGCCAAAGCGACUGCGCGUGGCGGAGCUCAUACGUGCCACGACCGCGUCCAGGUUCAUUCGGUGAGGCGUCGACCUUCAGUAACGGCAGCGUCAGCGUCUGCUCCUGUGAGGCCACCCGGCCAGUCUUGUGUCGCCGGGUGAGUGUAUGGCGAGAACCCCCCGGGCAGUUUGCACGCCAUUUCCGGCGGGACCCAUGGAUCCUCCAUUUCGUGUGCAGCGUCGGUGCAAAGGCUCGAGACAUCACUUUGCGUCAUUGUCUCCGUGCGAUUCAAAAGUACCGAGUGCGGCCCCGAUGUAGCCGGGUGGUGCUGCGAGAGAAAGGCCUCCGGAUUGUCCGCGUGCUUUCCCAAAGUGGUGACCGUGUGCAGACCUGGUGGGGUUGCAACCGCCGUUGUUUGGUAGGUGUGCGUCGCCGCGUGCACCAGCGCUCUUCGUUUGAUGGAAUGCGCCGAGUGUCCGUACCUCUUCAGGAAACUGCACAUCCGCUGGGUAGACAUCGUGGCCACUGGAGAAUUCUUGUCGGGCAACUUCGCCAGCGCCUGACGAAUGAUCGCGGCAUCUGGGGUUGGUGA